AUGGGCAUCCAAGAAACACAACCGCUUCUCGGUCCAAGCCACUCCGAUGCUCGUUCACAAAGUACACUCCAACCACAAGAAAAUGCACAUGAAGAACUCCCAACGCCAUUCCCCGACACCCUACCAGGAGCGACCUACAGAAAAAGCCUCAACUGGUCAAGCGCAUACAUAUUAGUCGUUUCCCGUGUCAUCGGCAGCGGCAUUUUCGCUACUCCAGGCUCGAUCGUGAAAUCUGCCGGGAGUAUCGGACUAACACUUCUAGUAUGGCUGGUCGGUACGAUAUUAUCAGCUUGUGGUCUGGCAGUGUCGAUGGAAUUCGGCUGUAUGCUACCACGGUCAGGAGGGGAAAAGGUGUACCUUGAGUAUACCUAUCCCCGACCGCGGUUUCUUGCCUCGAGUCUCAUAGCAACCCAGGCGGUGCUCUUGGGAUUCACGGCGAGCAACUGUAUCAUUUUCUCCAAGUAUAUCUUCUUCGCACUGGGUCUUGUACCGACUGAGUCUCAGCAUAAGGCGCUUGCGGUUGGCCUUUUAACGGUCAUCACGGUGGUUCAUGGUGGCUUCUUGAGAACUGGGAUCUAUAUCCAGAAUGUUCUGGGAUGGGUGAAGAUAUUCCUUAUUGGUGCCAUGUCUUUGACGGGGAUCUGGGUGGUAUUUCUCCAAUUCUUUGGAAAUACUGAUGACUUUUCUCCGGGAACCAAGUCUGGUAGUUCCUUUUCUUGGGAUGCAUUGUGGGAGGGUUCCAACUGGAGCUGGAGUGUGCUUUCGACAGCUUUGUUCAAAGUCUACUAUUCCUAUGCUGGUCUAAGCAACGUGAACAAUGUUCUCAACGAAGUGCAUGACCCAGUCGGUAUAGUGAAGACCGUUUGUCCCACUGCUCUGCUGACAGCUGGGGCAUUGUAUACCUUGGCCAAUCUUUCAUACUUCCUCGUCAUUCCCCUGGAAGAAAUCAAAAACAGCGGCGAAUUGGUGGGCGCAUUGCUGUUUGAACGAUUGUUUGGGGAUCAUAUUGGAAAGAUCUUCUUCCCGCUUGCCAUCGCCAUUUCAGCAGCUGGGAAUGUGAUGGUGGUGACAUUCGCCUUGGCGCGUGUGAACCAAGAGAUAGCACGGCAAGGGUUCCUUCCCUGGCAAAAUGUCCUUUCGUCAACAAGACCAUUUGGCACUCCGCUCGGGGGACUGAUUGUGCACUAUAUCCCCUCUGCCCUUGUCAUAGCUCUCCCACCACAGGGCGACGUCUACAACUUUAUCCUAGAUUUGGAGGGUUAUCCAGGACAGAUUUUUGCACUGGCAGUUACCGUCGGUCUACUUAUAGUUCGAUAUAGAGAGCCAGAUCUGACACGGCCCUUUAAGGCUUGGUUACCGGCUGUCUGGCUCCGAGUUGCGGUUUGUUUGACUCUGUUAAUAACGCCCUGGAUCCCACCGCCUGAUUGGCAAGGGGACGUUGAUUUCUUCUAUGCGACCUAUGCAAUUGUUGGGAUUGGAAUUCUCCUUUUCGGGGUUCUCUAUUGGUAUGUCUGGACGGUGCUGCUGCCUCGGUUGGGGGGUUAUGAACUCGAGGAAGAGAAGGAGAUCAUUGGUGAUGGAACUAGCGUUGUCAAAUUGGCGCGUGUAUAUGGUUAG